AUGGACCCUGUGACUGGAAUCUACGAGUACAAGGCGAGCCAUGUGCUGCCUAUCGUCUUUGCCUGCGUGCUGAGUUUAUCCUUGGCAACGCACAUCUACCAGAACUUCCGCUAUCGUUUCUGGAGAAUCACCUUCUGGAUGUUCUGGGGCUCCCUCCUCUACACAAUCGGCUGGAUCCUCCGCGCCCUCUCCAGCUACAGCCCAGAGCACGUAAACCUCUACAUCGCCGCAACGGUCUUCGUCUACGCCGCACCCCCCGUCUUCUCGGCCUCAGCCUACAACAUCCUCGGCCGCAUCAUGCACUACAUCCCCAUGUUCGCCUGGCUCAACCCCAACCGCACCGUCUUCUUCUUCGUGUACAUCGGCGCCGUCGUCGAAGGCCUCACAGCAGCCGGAGGCGCCCGCAUCGCGACAGGCGCAACAGAGUUAGACAAGUACCGCAGCGGCGCGACGCUCAUUACCGUAUCCGUGAUCCUGCAAUGCAUCGUCGAGAUAGGGCUGGUAUCCAUCAUCGCAACCCUGCACCGCAAGUGCGCACGCGCCGGAAUGCUCCCUCGCAAUCUCCGCUUCCUCUUCUACACCCUCUAUGGCACAUCAACGAUCGUGCUAUUCCGCUGCAUCUACCGCGCCGUCGAAGCCCUCUACACGCUCGACCCCCCAGGCGUGGCAUGCAGCUCAACAUGCACGUACUUCCAGCGCCAGGAGUGGCUACUAUACGCAUUCGACGCCGCCCCAAUGGUCCUCUUCACCUUCUGGAUCAACAUGCUGCACCCUGGGCGCUACCUCCCACGCGAUAAAACGCGGUACCUCGACUUCGACGGCGUCACGGAGCGCAUGGGGCCCGGGUGGCUGGACUCGCGCACGAAACUGGAGACGUUCAUCGACCCGCUUGAUUUGUCGGGGCUGCUGAACAAGAAGAAGCACCAUGCGAAGUACUGGGAGGAGGGCGCGAGGUGGCCCGUUUGCGAGGAUGCGUUUACGACGGGGACGGCGUCGAAUGUCCGUGGGCGUGUGAGGGAGGGUGUGCAGAUUAAGCCUGAGGGCGCUGUUUAG